CCACCUCAGUGAAGAGAUUCAGCACCCCUAUUUGAUCAGGCAGGCUAAAUGCUGUCAGGGUAGGACCUUAUGAUUGGGAGUUAGACCUGUCAUCUUCAUCCUGGAUGGAGUCCAACUCCAUUUGUUUUCCAAUUGUUGUCAACUCAAAUUCAUCAGAGUAAACAUGAUACAAGUAAAGACUACAUUAAGCAAAAUAGCAAGUAUGGCAUUUCAUCUAAGAGAUCAAAAAAAUGUUAUGGUGCUUUGUAAUGCUGCAAUAAUAAUCCACAAGGUUAGAAGAUUAAGCAUGUGUCCUGAUUAUAUAAUAGCAUGUGUUCUCUGAUGCUCGUGGUACACAUUUAUUAACAUUGAAUUUGGCAUGUGUAUUGAGGUGAAGUACAACACUACUGCAAAAAUAGCUGCUGUGACUAUCUGCAACUACUGUUCUAAGCAGCCCUGUCCUUAUGUUGCUAUGCUAUUUAUGUCCUCUUUAUCGGCAAACUAUAUAUAUAAAGACAGUGCUAAGUAGCUGGUUUUCCUUUGCCAGAAAUCCAAGAGUCCUGAGCACGUUAAGAACUUUGCAAUGAUACAGCUUAUGUUCAUAAAGUGAUCGUUACAUGCCAUCUAUAUCAGAUGGAAUAGAUGGUGAGCUUCAUAGUAAGAUUUCGUUUUGGCGUCUCUGCACAAGUUACCACUAGAUUUGGUUUUUCUGUUGGCACUUUUGUAAAAAGCAUUAAAUGGUAACACUUAGGCAUACAGUAAUUAGAAGAGUGAGAAUAGAUGUCCUACAGGCCAGCAAAAGAGCCCAGUGGGUCUAGUAGUUAAGGCAUUGGCUAGAAACCAGGAGACUGUGAUUUCUAGCCCAGCCCUAGACACAAAGCCAGCUGGAUCGCCUUAGGCCAGUCACUUUCUUUUAUCCCCAGGAAACAGGAAAUUACAAACUACUUCUGAAAUCUGACCAACAAAACUGCUGGGACUAGUUCAGGCAAUUGCCAGGAGUCAAAACUGAUCUGGAGUCUCUUGUACACAAGUCUUCCUAGCAUCUUCUGGUGUCACCCGUUUUCCCUGCAGUUACAAUGAAAUGAACACAAGUGCCAUUUUGACAGCAGAGCUUUGCAAAAGUGCCUAAGCAUUUCCAGGAUGAAGCAAAAAUGUUGCUGACCAAAAGGCUAUAAUAAUGAAUAUUUCAGCAUUCAGUUCUCAGGCUGAGAGCUGAAUCAGGAAAAGAAGAACCUCCAACUCAUCAUUCCUCUUAGAUGUGAUCAGCUAUUCUAAGGGAUUAGAAUGUAUACAGAAUCAUCAGUACUUGAUAUGUGUGAAUAGUUGGGGUCUUGAAACCUGAGUCCUCAGAAGUAUUGAGUUGGGUGCACCUGCUUAGGAGAUAAUGAGUUUGUAGCUUUCACUAAACCUGCAUGUUACAACCACUACCAUCUUCCUUGGCGUUUAAAAAUGGCUAAUGAACAAUGGAGGAAAUGAAUCUAUUUUAAUUAUCAACUUUAAUUGGAAGAAACUUGCAAUAUCUUGCUACCAAAGAAAUUUCAUAUAAACUCAAUACUGAACUGAUCUUGAACUCAUGGCUGCUUCUGCAGUUGCAGAUUCUUUUUUAAGAUUUCCCUGGAAUCAAUUUAUUAUAUCCCAUGGAUAUGUGUCUUUCCCUGGACCAUGACCACAGUUCACUGCAAUGGAGAUCCAGGGAGUGACUGUAAUGCUAGGUGGAAUCAUGAAGAUGGUGGAGAUUACCAUACUAACAAAAUUGUGAACACAGAAGAUGAGCCAGCCAAUCAACACCAACUGACCCCAUUUGAGAAACUUAUUCUAGAUAUGUCCCAGAAUGAAAAAAUAGUAAAAGAAUUAACUCUGGGCAAGAGGGUUGGGUUUUACACCAUCAGAGGUAAAAUUGGAAGUGGGAACUUCUCCCAAGUGAAACUUGGAAUACACACUCUGACAAAAGAAAAAGUAGCUAUCAAGAUCCUGGAUAAAAGUAAAUUAGACCACACAACCCAGAGACUCCUCUCUUCUGAAAUUUCUAGUAUGGAGAAGCUGCAUCAUCCAAACAUUAUCAGGCUGUAUGAAGUCAUGGAGACCUUCUCCAAACUAUACCUGGUCAUGGAGUAUGCUAAUGGAGGAGAGCUUUUUGCUAAAAUCAUAAUAGAUGGGAAGUUAUCGGAAGAAAAGAGCAAGCACAUUUUUGCUCAGAUUGUGUCUGCCAUUAAACAUAUGCAUGAGAACAACAUAAUUCACCGGGACCUGAAAGCUGAAAACAUCUUUUACGCCAGUAACACGUGUGUGAAGGUGGGAGAUUUUGGAUUCAGCACAGUAAGUCAAAAAGAGGAGUUCUUGACCACCUUCUGUGGUUCUCCUCCUUAUGCUGCUCCGGAACUUUUCAGAGAUGAAAAUUACAUUGGAAUUUAUGUGGAUAUCUGGGCCCUAGGAAUCCUUCUGUAUUUCAUGACCACGGGGCUCAUGCCGUUCCAGGCAGACACAGUGGCCAAGCUAAAAAAAUACAUCCUUGGUGGGAUAUACAGCGUGCCACCGUUCCUGUCUGAAUCUUGCCAGAGAUUGAUUUGGGCAAUCCUACAACCAGUUCCAUCAGAACGCUGCUCCAUUGAUAACAUUAUGAACAGUGAAUGGAUGAAUGGUGUGCAAUAUCCCAAACCCUUGGAACCCUUUAAGCUGGAUCCCAAUUUUUUGUCCGAGGACAAUACCCUCCAGAAGGAAGAGACUGAGGUAAAAAUCAUUUUGAACCAUUUGGGAAUCACAAAAGAGCACAUUCAGAAGAACCACGGGAGAGAUUACCGCACCUCACUAACUGGGACUUACAGAAUUGUUCUUCACCGAGUGCAGAAAAAACAGUCCAUGGAAAUUGUCCCUCUCGUCAGCCAACCUGAACCCAAGAAACAAAGGUCAAAGAAAAAUCUGGGUACCUAUCAGGACCACAAGUAUUCAUCAAAACUCUGUUUGAUUUUAUAAAGCACCUUCCUGGAUUAGUCUGACACAAGAUAUAUUUUUUUAGAAUGUUAUCCCACCUUUAUUAUUUUAUAAGUAACUCAAGGCAGCAACCAUGCACAAUACUCCUUCCUCCUUCUCUUCUCCCUACAACAACCCUGUGAGGUGGGUGACUUUUUGAAGUCCUUUUGUUUGGUAGGAGUGAACCCUCACCCUGAGCAUUUUUGUAAUUUUGAAAAAGUAAAAAGGAUUCUGAUGUAUGGUUUCCACUCCCAAAAUUUAAGGCCAAAAGCCGAUGCAUUCUGUGAUUUAAUUCCUUUUGUAGGGUUUUUUUUCCCCCAGACUUCAAAUCUGAGGAGAAGAUGAAACUCUGUUUUUGGAAGAAUACUGCUGCACAGAAUUGUGUUGAAUUGGUUGUGAUAGAUGCAGGCGUCAAUUGGAUAAUGUCCCAAGUAAACACAUUUGCUCUCCUCCCACCACAUUUAUUAACCUAGAACCGUGAUUCUCAACUUUUCAUGUCUUAUCACACUGCCAAAGAAACAAACCAGUCAUUUAAAAAAGUCACUUUUUCUGACAUGUCUGUUUACAAGCAUUCUUUUAUUAAUAUCACUGUUGACCAACUGCUAUAAUUGUAAAAUAAAUUGUUAUUUUUUGUUA